GCAUAUGUUUUCUAACGAAGACCCAGGACAGGAAGGAGCAGAAAAUGAUGAUGUAUUCAUUGAAAUGCUGGAUGAAUUUUCAAAUGAUGUACCUGGUAGUUUUUUUGAACGUGAGCCCACAAAGGAUACAACGACCGCUCGAACAAUGCACUUUUUGUUGAAAAGCAUUGUUGGCCAACUCAAAAAUCCGAUAAACACCGAAGCAGAAGCUAUUGCUCAGUGGCUCAUCUACAAACAAACUGGUCCGCAUCGUCAUCAGAAGUUUUUUGGACAUUUUCGUCAAAUGAGCAGACUCGUCAAGAAAUACAAUGAAAUGUCAUUAAUCAAAAGAUUGAAUCCACAGUUGAGAAAAGCUGAAAAUUGUGGUGGUGACGACGUGUAUAAGCUGGAAAUAAAAGCUGUUCGAUAUAUGGGAUGUGCCUAUGUCAAACGAGUCUAUCUGCUUGAACGAAUUCGUGAAUCGUGUGUAAAGUGUGCUGACGGAGCUAUUGGAUUACUAGAAAUUGACCAUUGGAUCAAUUUAUCGCUUGUUAUUGUGGCUCUUUGCUCACAAAUUCAUUCAGAAGUUGUCGCUCAAGUGCUUGAAAUGGAAAAAGUGUAUAAAAUAGCAGCCGGUGUGAUGAUGACAGCCGAUUUGAAAUUUCCGAAAGAACUUAAUGAUCUAGAAGUUGUACGGAAGAUUAGGCACGAGUCAAGAAUCUUCGAUGAAAGGAGAAUGGAAACUUCAAAUCUAACAGCAAUCAGCCGUCUUUUGAAGUAUAAUGCUGAAACAAUGAAGCAAGCUCAAACGGAGAAUGAUUUGAGAAUGAAAACAUCAGAAGUUCUAACUGAUAUUCUUGCCGCUGAUUUGAGUUCUCCAAUUUCUACGCAGCUUCAGAAGAAAAAGACGAACAAUUCCGUGCAAAUGGACAUGUCAGAUUUGGGAAUCUCAAUUUCACGAGAAGAUAUGAGCUUCUUGAAUACGACAGGUCAAUCCUGUUCAUCAAUACCUGAAAUUGAAAGCGACGAAGAUGCUAUAUUGUUUUCCCCGAAUUUGUUUGCUUCAAAAUCCAUAAAAAUUAAAAAUAAGUUGAAAAGAAUGAAUCCGGUUGCCGAAUCUUCUACUAAAAUAACGAAGACGACUAGUUUUUUAUCAGCGACAAUGGAUAUUCUAAAUAGCUCACAAGAUGCUGCUGGACUACCUAGGAAGAAAAAGAAGAAGAUGAAUAAAAAGUGAAAGGAGCGAUUUAUUGUUCUGCAUUUACAGUAGCCCAUUUGGAUACAGUAACCCAAAUAGGAAUUUUGUCUCCUUACGCACUUAUUUUUUUGAAAUACUGUAUUUCUUAAAGGUACAUCACAUUUUGGCGCGGCCUUGAUUAUCGUAUCUUGUUUGCAAUAGCGAAUAUUUCCGCAAAAAGUCUUAAUUAUACUGUUAUUGUUAUUUGCUGAUUCUUCAUUUAUGAAUUUGUUGUUAAAAU